AUGCUAUUCAACUCAUUCAUUUUAUUACUUUUAUCUAAUGCAAUUACACCAAGACGAGACAAAUCUAUACUUUAUUCAAGAGCAACUAUUACAAUUUUACUUAUAUCAGCUUUUAUAGCAUAUGAUAAUUUAUAUCUUUUAUUUUUAGCAAAUGGUGUAGGAAUAUUCGGUGGAUUAUUCCAUGUCACUGCUACUACAUAUUUUUUUCAUAUUUUUAUCUUUUUAAUAACUAGCGUUAUCUUAUUAUUAACUUCCUUCUACCCUAGAAAAGUUUGA